AUGCUGAACGGAGAGAAAACCGGCACGAUAUUCACGCGACCUCGUCCAUCGUCACCAUCGCUUGCAAGUCAGAAGCUCGCGUACGAGCUUCGUGCAACUAUCCGCGACGGAAGUCCGCGUCACGAUCUCCUAUGCGAUUUCGUCAACAUUCCUCUCGCUGCUCGAGUUGACAAGCACGGCUCUCUGCUUGAACACAUCCUCUCCAUCGUCCGUCCUCACCCUAACCUACUCUCUAACCCAAUCUCCCGACCUUCUCCUCCUCGAUAUUCUUUCGAACCGCAGAGGACAUCCACGAGGCACUCAAACACAGUCGACGAAGCAAGAUACACAAUGUCCAAGCCCGCCCCACCGGCCUGGCGAAGGCGAUCCGAGCUGUUCGACAGCCCCACGUCAACCGCCAACGAAUUUCCAAAUGGCGUCGAGUCGCCAUCACUCGGGACCAGCGACAACGAGGAUGGCAUGGCAUACCUGCGUUCCAUGAGCUACGUACACACCUCGGGUCGCUUCAGCUCGUAUGCAACCCAUCCCCACGAUGACUCGCGAAGAGGAUCCGAUUCUCCCCAGGGCACUUUGGUCAACCAUUCGGUGGCUCCCACCGACUACGCUACCUCGGACAAUGAGUCGCACAAGGUCGGAAAGAGAAGGAGUCCUCUCAAGAACAGCAGCUCGUGGGAAGCCGAGCUCGGAGGCAUGCCGCUGGAGAUCAACCCAGAUGCCAUGCGCAAGAUGAAGUACGGCCGAUUGAGGUACAUCGACGGCCUGCGCUUCUUUGCCGCCAUCAUCGUCCUCACUUCGACCGUAAUCGGAAACCACACCCCGACUUGGGCGGUGGGCAAGAGCAUUCUCUACCCUUUCAACUCGAACUUUGCUCUCACGCUCUUCUUGGCUCUUCAAGGUCGAGCACUGACGCUCCCUUGGCUCGUCAGCCGGAAGGAUGCUAUCUACAGCUUCAACGAGGCUGCUGCCAAGGCUAAGGCCGCCAAAGCUGCUAAAGCGGCCGCACCUGCCAAGACUCUGGACGAAAAGGCGGCGCCACCCGUGGCGCCCCCUUCCACCGGCUCGCGCAAGGAGAUCAACAAAGCCGACUUCAAGCUGUACGGUAUGGCCAUGAUCUCGCGUCCCUUCCGAUUCUUGCUUCCCAUCCUCUUCGUCACCGGCGUCCAGUAUGGUAUCUGCCGAGCCACUGGUCUCUACCCUCAAAAUCCCAACUUCGAGACGUUGAUCGGUCAGCGACCUGCAUGGUGCUACGCCAACGGAUCGCAGUGGAUCAUUACGGCUACCAACCUGUUCACUUCAGAGGACCGGCCCACUGAGCUGCGCAGCGAGGCGGGACCCAUCUUCUACUUGCCAUGGUUCUUCCAGAACAGCUACUACCUAUAUGGUCUGACCAUGAUCAUCAGCAUCUUGCAGCAAGACACCCGUGUGGCGUUCCUGCUCGUCUUGGGACUGCUCAACUGGUGCACGCUUUCGUACCUUGCACCCGCUCUGCUCGGGCUGCUGGUUGCCGAGCUCGAUGUGUCUGGUCAGUUUGCUCGAUUGCGCAAGAACCGUAUGGCUAGCUGGGGUGUCCAGGGCUUGUGCGUGGUCCUGUUUGUUCUCUUCCUGAUCGUUCCUCAGAUUCGCGACCCCAUCAACGAGGGCUUGAGCCAUCUGCAGGUGAUCCGACCGACCGAUCAACAUCGCAACGGAGCCAACAUUUACUCUGUCGUCAAAUUCACUGAUGUCAUCUGCUCGAUGCUCUUGCUCGUCUUCCUCGAGCUUUCGCAAUUUUCGCAGCGCACACUGGCAGUGGCUCCGUUUUCCAUGAUGGGUCGGCAGAUUGGUGCUGCCAUUGUUGCGGUACACGCCAUCGUGCUUUGGUCCAUCAUGCCUAAGGUCUUCCCGAUGACGUCGGACGAUUCUGCCACUUCGGGCGCUGCUACCAACCUGGCAGGAAUCUGGGCACUCACGCUCAUCAUCACGCUGGCGCUUUCGGGAAUCUUCCGCGUGGUCAUCGAGAUUCCAAGUGAAGUGCUAGGCAGGGCUACGCUCAUCUUUUUCUACGGUCAGGAGGACAUCCAGCAGCUGUCUACGGUCUCGGAGCAGCACAUGGAGAAGGCCAGACGUUCGGGAUACCUGAUGCCCAUUCCAAGCCUGGGCAACCCGAUGGCCAAGCUGGGGUUGACCAAGGUCCCUUGGUAA